AGCCUUGCCCGUAGCAAAUUUUAAAUCUUUUCAACUGAUUUGGCAUGAUCAUAAGGAAUGGCCCAGAGCUCCCUCUGAGAUCCCAACGCAGCAAGGUGGUGUCGGGACAUCUCAUGGAUGCGCUUUGGAGGCUACAAGGGAGGGCCAGCCCUGCUUCUCCCUCUUUUCUUCUCCAGGUCUGUUCCUGAGGACUCUGUGCUUUCUCCAGCAGUGGGAGCAUUGAGAAGGGAGAAUGGUCCCUAUACUCCUGCCCAGCAAGGAUCACCAGAAAACUUAGGCCCUUGAAGGAAAAGCCCAUUGGUCAUUUUGUUUUUGUGUCCUUUGCCUUGAACUAGAGAGUCACCAAAUAAAGGAAUCAGUGACCUUCGAGGAUGUGGCUGUGGACUUCACACCAGAGGAGUGGGGACACCUGCACCCCUCUCAGAAGGAGCUGUACAGGGACGUGAUGCUGGAGAACUACCAGAACCUGGUCUGGCUGGGACUCACAGUUUCCAAACCAGAUGUGAUUGAGCAGUUGCAGCAAAGGAAAGUGGUUUGGCUGUCAGAGGGAGAUGGCUCAAGAAUCACCUGUACAGAUUGGGACCCUAGGCCUGAAACCAGGGAAUCCACUCCAAAGAUUGGCCUCUCCAUGGAAGAACCAUUACAAGAAAGAAUUCACAUGGGUAGUCUCCAUGUCUCCAAAUUGGGCAAAGCCAGGGAAUGUUGUGCUUUGUUAGAAAAACAGCAAAGCAAUGAAGAGAAACUUUUUGGACAUAUGCAGAUUUUUGAAAUGAAGACUUCCAAUCAAGUUAGAGAACAUGCAUACAAAAAAUAUAAUGGAGGCUUCUGCCAAGGAACAGUUCUUUUCCCAGAACAUAAGAUGUCUCUGGGAAGGAAUCUUCUUCAUCAGUGUGAUACAGAGCAAAGGAGAGUCAGAUUGUAUUCAUACCUGAAUAAACGGAAGAGAAUUUCCUUAAAGAAAAUGUUUUCUAUGUGUACUGUACGUGAGAAAUUGCUUAGUUAUGAUUCAGACCUUAAUGAAAAUUACAGUCAACGUAUUGGAGAGAGAACACAUUUAGGGAAUGAAUGUGAUCAGACAUUGUCCAGUAGCAUAGACGUUUCUGAGAAUCAGAGAAUUCAUAUUGUAGAAAAAUAUUAUGAAAGUAAUAAAUGUAGAAAAGCUUUUAGUCAGAAAACAGGACUUUUACAACAUCAGAGAAUUCAUACUAGAGAAAAACCUUAUGCAUGUAAUGAGUAUAAAAAAGCCUACCCACAGAAAGCUGACAUUACUAUCCAUAAUAGAAUUCAUACUGGAGAAAAUGCUCUUGAAAGUAAUGAAUGUGAAAAGGUCUUCAAGCUGAAGAGAACAUUUACUGACAAUCAGAAUACUCAUAAGGUCAAGAAACCUUAUGAAUGCAAUGAAUGUGGGAAAGCCUUCAGUCAGAAGGCAGGACUGAACGGACAUCAGAACAUUCAUACUGGAAAGAACACUUAUAAAUGCAAUGAAUGUGGAAAGAACUUUAGUCAAAAGUCAGGCCUUGUAUAUCAUCUGAGGAUUCAUACUGGAGAGAAACUUUUUGAAUGUAAUGAAUGUGGGAAAGUCUUCCAUAAAAAGAUAGGACUUAGGAGUCAUCAGAAAAUUCAUUCUGGAGAGAAACCAUAUGAAUGUAAUGAAUGUGGGAAGGCCUUCAGUCACAAGGCAGGACUUACCUGUCAUGAGAAAAUUCAUACUGGAGAGAAACCAUACGAAUGUGAUACAUGUGGUAAGGCUUUUAGUAGGAAAAGUGUUCUUACUGACCAUCAGAAAAGUCAUACUGGAGAGAAACCUUAUCAGUGUAAUGAAUGUGGGAAAGCCUUCACCAGGAGGACAAUCCUUACUCAACAUCAAAAAAUUCAUACUGGAGAGAAACCUUACAAAUGUAAUGAAUGUGGAAAAGCCUUCAGUCAGAAAAUAGGACUUACUUGCCAUCAGAAUAUUCAUACUGGAGAGAAACCUUAUGAAUGUAACAAUUGUGGUAAAGCCUUCAGUCAGAAGACAGGACUUACAAGACAUCAGAAAAUUCAUACUGGAGAGAAACCUUAUAAAUGCAAUGAAUGUGGGAAGGCCUUCAAUCAGAAGAGAACACUUACGGAACAUCAAAAUAUUCAUACUGGAGAGAAACCUUAUGAAUGUAAUGAAUGUGGGAAAGCUUUCAAUCAAAAGAACACACUUACUGAACAUCAGAAUAUUCAUACUGGAGAGAAACCUUAUGAAUGUAAUGAGUGUGGGAAAGCCUUCAAUCAGAAGAAAAGACUUACUAAACAUCAGUAUAUUCACACUGGAGAGAAACCUUAUGAAUGCAAAGAAUGUGGCAAAGCCUUCAGUCAGAAGAGAACACUUAUUGAGCAUCAGAAUAUUCAUACUGGAGAGAAACCUUAUGAAUGUAAUGAAUGUGGGAAAGCCUUUGCUCAGAAAACAGGACUUAGUAAACAUCAGAAAUGUCAUAGUGGAGAGAAACCAUAUGAAUGUAAUCAAUGUGGAAAAGCCUUCACCAGGAGGACAAGACUUACUCGACACCAGAAAAUUCAUACUGGAGAGAAACCUUAUGAAUGUAAUGAAUGUGGUAAAGCUUUCAGGGAGAGGACAAGCCUUAGUCAACAUCAGAAAAUUCAUACUGGAGAAAAACCAUAUCAGUGUAAUCAGUGUGGGAAGGCUUUUAGCAGGAAGACAACUCUUACUGACCAUCAGAAAACCCACAGGAAAAAGAUUUCAUCAGAAUGUAGGAAGGCCUUCAGUUGGAAGAUGACACUUGAACACCAGAAAUUUAAUAUAGGAGAGAAACUUUUGGAAUAUAAUGAAGGGCUUUUGGCAGAGAAGACAUAUUAUUAAAUAUUAUUCUAUUAAAUUA